GAUAAAUAUCCGUCUAGGCUUACCAGGCCUUCUGUCCCCUUGGGGUCGGUAAUCAGGUACCAGACUCGUAAUCCGUCUGGUCAGACCCGAGGGAGCACUCGUCAGCAAGUUCAAAUCUUCGUCGAUCUUCAUCAUCAGUUACGCCAUCGUCAUCGGUGUGGGAAACGCACAGAAUCUGCAAUGGUUGUCACCAUCUCCACUCCGAAAAGACCGAUUUCGUUAGUUCGCUCAUCGUCUUCGAGUAAUAUUGCUUUAUGAAAAAGGUAGUGGGAAUUCUGUGCAAUCUGGUGAUAAGGGAAGUGGGUUUGGAUAAUCAAAAAGCAGCAACAUGCAUGAAUAUGAAGUUCAGGAUUUUUUCGAAGAUAGUAUCUUCUUGAAGACUGACGAUAA